AUGAAAAAAAGUGGAAUAACCGGAAGAGUUCUGCAACUGUUUUAUGAGUGGACCAAGUUUCUCGCCCUUGGCGUGCUUUUUGCACAGCUGUUGUGGGCGCGCCUUCCGCUUGAAGACCUUAUAAGCAUGUAUACGGAAGAUUUUGUAGACACAACGAACACGUGCAUAACAAUAAGCCCGCACGCCCCCAUAAAUCAAGUGUCGGGAAACAUAAUCGCAGAGCUUCAGUUUCUAAGAAACAUGCGGUUUUUUUCGAAUGCAGUGCACAGCUUCUGCGCUCUAGAGCAGUGCGGCCCGCCCGACCAAAACGGCAACCAUACAUAUGCAUACAAAAGAGACGCGUCAAAAGACACGGCAGUGCGCAUGCCAAACGACCCGAGCAUCUCUCAAGUCGAACAAGGCAUAGAAGAGUAUACUGCGGACUGCUACGAAAACCUCAUACGGAUGUUUCCGUCUGUGGACGGGCACACGCUUUCCAUUGAAACCGACAGGAAAGGCUCAUUUACGAACUUUCUUCGCGAGGUGUGCACGCAGGAGCAGGCACACUCGAUCCUGGCCGUUCUUUUGCUGCUGAGCUACGGAGUUUUCGUGCCCAUUCAUAUAUACCAGGACCCCGCAGGCCAGGAAAACUGCAGAGCCAGCACCGAAAUUAGGCUUUUUGGGGAGACGCUGAUUAAGGGGGCGAGCUGGUUUUUAUUGGAGCCGACCCAAGUCAUAUGCUUCUUCACGAAGUACCGCACCAGAAAGAACAUGUCUUUAACGAUGGGUAUGUACCUGCAGGGCGAUUUUUUGUGCAGCCCUCAGGUUUUUAUUUUAGCAUACAUAUCGCACUAUAUCUCCAGAAAGGAGGUCGCCUUGGGCUUUGUUACGUGUGUGCACAAGAUCCUUAGCCGCUUGAAAGCGUGCCUGGAUACCCGGGCAGAAAAGAUACUGAAACAGUGGUUUUCUCUGCCCGAGGAGAGAAUCAGCACAGUGCAGGCGGUGAAGUCCUUUGAAAUAGUGCGCGAAGGCCUAAAAAGGCUGAGUUGGUUUCCAUUUACCGACCAGGCGCUGCUGCCGUCGUACAUGAGCGUGAGCUGCUACAACAGGGCCACACAAGAGUUUUCUGCAGAAAAGUUCGUCAACUCUGUGGAGACGGCUGUUAUGGUGCUGUUCUGCUGCUUUUUGUACAACCCAAAGACAAUGCAAUAUGACAUGGGCGAAAUGCUGCAGGGGGAAAAGGAAAACGCUGCCUUUCACGGCAUAAAAAAGUUUUUUACAGGCGGCAACGGAUUUUGUCCCAGGAAAUGCUGCACCACAGGAACGUUCAACCAUUGGAACCAGGUGGUUUCCGACCUGCCAUACGCCGAAAUCCGCUACUACAGAAAGAACAGAAACCAGCUGGCGUCUGGAAUAAUGAAUGUCUUGUCAGUGAUUGCGCAUUUGACUGGCACCCGGGGGUCUGCCGAGUUUGCCCAGAUAAAAGAGCUUAUAACAAACAUAUACAAGUACCCAGGCAUACUGUACAAAAACUAUAUGCAGCUAGAGAAGUAUAUAAAAGAGCUGUUUGCGCUGGUCUCGACAAACAAGCACCUAGAGGUCAGGCUGGAGGACAUUGCAGUGAAGUCUGCCCAGAACGAAGCGCCCGACCUGUAUGGGUACGUUACUCUUUGGUACGGGAAUAAAGGCUGUGUAGAAGCACAGGGGGUGCGGCUGAACUUUAUACCUGGCUUUGUGGCAAUCGAUCUGCUGCCUGUCAGCAUCCCCUUUUCACAAACAGAGGCUGCAGACCUGGCGUAUCUAACGAAGCACAUCCGGAGCCAGCAGGGCUUUUCCAGCUGCCUGCUUGCCCACUACAUAAGCCAGAAGCUUCCGGGCAGCGGGCCGAUGCAUAUAAAAAAGAGCCUGCCAAUUGACGCGCCGGGCGGCGCUUUGGGGGCUGUUCGAAAAGCCCUGCAGGACAGCCGCAGCGGCUUAGACAACAGCAUACACAUGGCCUAUUUUAACUGGAGCAACCAGCUGAAAAGAGACUUUAUUACGAUGCUAUGCCUUUGGGCAAAAGAAAGAAACCUAAAGCUGACAAAGCAUGACAAGAUUGCGCGCAUCAUUUCAAAUAUUGUGCUAAGUGUUCCGCUUGAUGAACCCCGCAUGCAGUGCGACUUUUUCUGCCCGCUGAUGUUCACCGGGCAGCUGGGGUGCCUGCAUCCUGCCUUCUACAUCCCGAAGAACAUCUAUGUGUGGUGGUUCAAGACUGCAUAUACAACCCUAAAAAGAGGGUGCAGCAUAUACCCAGAGUACCCGGGGCUUAAGACGGCGCUUUUAGGAUAUUUUGCAAUGUACAGGGCGGAGACAGGCGAGAGCCUUUCCUCCUGCGAGCUUCUAACUUGCCCAAGGCAUUUUUACGAGAUGUUUGACUGCUUAUUUGCGGACAACACAGUCCAGGGGGCCGAGACGCUCACGCGCAUGCUUUUAGAGGAGAUGCGAGAUCUGGGCGAGCGCAGAGCCGCUUUGCUGAUCAACACCCUAAACCUUAUCUGGUUUGGGCUAGCCCUUCUUAGAAAGCUGGACCACCACAGGUUAGUCAUGCACCUAUACAACACAAUUGACCCAAGCGCAUCCUAUAUGCGGAGCCACCCAAUGCUUGCAAACAACGAUAUUUGGAACAGGCAAAAAAUCACGCUGAUUUUGCAAAAGCUGAAACGUCUUCUAUGCGCACGUGGCGAAGAAAAGAAGUUUGAAUGCAUUUUCGGCAUGUUUAAACAAUGCAUGUAG